UCUGGCGCUCGCGCGCUGUCAGUUACAUUGUCUCGUCUCGUGGCGGAGCGGCGCUUCCGAUCUCCUGCGGGAUAUUUCCUUUCUUCUCUUUGUCGGGACGGAGAGCGGAGCUGCUCUCGUUCCGCCAGCAGAGCAGAGCAGCGCAGAGCAGCGCAGAGCAGCGCAUCGAAAGGCCCCCAGAGACCCCGAGCGCCGACGGACCGCUCGUUUUUCUCACUUCUCCUGGAAAUAAACUUCAGCGCACAAGAAAUUAAAUCCCCGCAUCCAUCCGGUAACUGUUUCCACUUAUCAGGCACCUGGAUCGUCCGGGAGAGGAGGCGCCCGGGGGGGGGGGGGGACCGGGAUCGAUCGACCGUUCGGAAGUUGGUGCUCGGACCCCACUGCCCACUGCUGGAGCCCUUUUUGCGCGGACCCGUGCCGUGGCCGCGGCUGCGAAGAAGAGUUAGGGAUCCGAACCGGAGGAGUCGCGUCGCGUCGCGUCGCCCCGGGUUACGCCUGGAUUGCUGAACUUUUUAUGAAUCUGUCUCCCCGACCCGUUUUGCACCGAGUCCGCGCCGCGCGUCGCGUGCAUGCCGCUCCGCGUGCGCGGGGAGCGCCUCGAACUCAUUGAAGAAGAAGGCAUCGCUUGGAGUGCACUUUGAUUGAAAUCCAGCCCCGAAGUCCCGCGUGAAACCGGCCGGUCGGUGUCCCACCGGAUCGCCUCUCAGUCUCUCUCCCCGAGCGCGCGGACCAGUCCGGUGCAGUACUGUGUGAGUGAGGUUCGAACCCGAAGCCCGCCCGCCCGCAGCGUGGGCGCGCGCACACGGCAGGGAGGAUGACGGUGCUCGCGACUUUGUGGAUAUACCUCAUUUCUGUGUGCAUAUCAGGUGGAAAUGCCCAGAUGGUGCAGAUGGAUCCCACCAAGUCAGGCUACGUGGGCUCCCAAGUGGAGCUCCGCUGCUUGUUUGUCAACAGCAACCCGCCGGUGAAGAUCUCUCAGGUCACCUGGCAGAAGUUCCUCAACGGCACCAAGCAGAACGUGGCCAUUGCCAACCCCACUAUGGGAGUGUCCGUGCUGCCACCCUUCAAAGACCGGGUGACUUUCAAGCAGCCGGCCGUUCGGCACCGCACGCCCUCACUGGAGGACACAACCAUCAUUUUCUCGAACCUGCGGCUGUCCGAUGAAGCCGCCUACAUUUGCGAGUACACUACCUUCCCCGCUGGGAACCGCGAGAACAUGGUGAACCUUACAGUCCUUGCUCGUCCGGUAACCCGCAUGAGUCUGUCCACUCCGACCAUAGUGGCACGUCCAUCCAGUCAGAAGAUGACGGUGGCCACAUGUCUCUCAGCCAACGGGAAGCCCCCUGGCAUCAUCUCCUGGGAAACUGCACUGAAAGGCGAAGCCCAGACUGAAGAGAUCCGCAACCCCAAUGGGACGGUCACCGUGCGCAGCGAUUAUGUGGUGGUGCCCAGUCGGGAGACGCACAAACAGAAGUUGACUUGCGUCGUCACAUACUACGAAGAGAGGAUCGCUGACAGCGUUUUUCUCAACGUCCAGUAUGAGCCAGAAGUUACAGUUGAGGGUUUUGAUGGAAACUGGUAUCUGAACCGACAAGAUGUGAAGCUCGUCUGCAAGGCCGACGCCAACCCCCCAGUUGCCGUAUACAAGUGGAAGAUGUUGAAUGGGUCGCUGCCCACCAAUGCAGAGAUCCGCAACAACACUCUUUUCUUCAAAGGGCCUGUUACGUACGACCUAGCCGGCAUUUAUGUGUGUGAUGCCACCAACAACAUCGGGACACGCUCAGGGCGGGUCGAAGUCAACGUAACAGAAUUCCCUAACAUCCCACCACGUGAGAUCCCGCAGAAGGAACACAGUUCAGGUGCCAUCAUUGGGGGUGCUGUCGGAGGUGUUGUCCUCCUUGGGCUGGCUGCGAUCAUCCUCUUCGUAUUCCUCCGUCGGCGUCAACGCACCUUCAAAGGCGACUACAGUACCAAGAAGCAUGUCUAUGGCAACGGCUACAGCAAGGCGGGUGGAAUCCCCUCUCAUCCACCCCUGCCGAAGAAUCUGCAGUACCCCGAGGACUCGGAUGAUGAGAAGAAGCCGACUCAAAUUGGGGGCCCCAUGGGAUUCGAGGUUAGCGAUCACGAUUUUGAUGGUGAGGACCUGAAGAGGCCCUAUUUUACUGUGGAUGAAGGUGAAAGUCGCGAAUUCGAUGAACGGACUCUCGCUUUCCAGUAUGGCCACGAACCCGACAUCAACGACGACAUGGUCUCCCAAACUGAUGGCUCGGUCAUUUCAAAGAAAGAAUGGUAUGUGUAGAGGCAAACAAAACCGAACAACCUUCCAUCCAUCCCUUCCUUGCAUCCAGCCAUCCCCUCAUUCCUCAUCCUUCAUUAAAACCCUACUUGCUUCAUUCCGCCAAUGUCACGCCUUCCUCAUGGCAAUGCCUUGAGCCUAGAGUGUAACACACCCCAUAAAAACAUAGCAGUUCAAAAAACAUCAGUCUGACAGUCAUGAAAUUUCCAAUGCUUCUGAUGAUCAUACAAAAAAGGUCUAUAAAUGGACUAAUGCCAACUGACAUUUUAGGCCAAAUUUUUGCUCGACAACAAUAAUAAUUCUUCUAAAUGCAUUUCUUUUUACUUUUCAUGUGACUAUAAACGUAUUGUUAAAGUAUGUUAAAAAAUGGAGGGAUUACUAAAUGUAUAUUGUGAAAGUCCUACACUGGAUGUAUGAUAUUUUUUCUUCCUUACUAUUGCGCAUAGUGAUGUUAUUUUUGUACAGAUUUUAAGUUUUGGUGGGGGCGGGGUAAAUAAAUGACAGUGAAGUGUUGGAGGUUAAAGCAGGUGGGGUGGCUGAAAUGAGGUCAGGUGUCACGGAGCACAAGGAGAGUUGCACUGCCUUAGACUUCUGUGUUGAGAGGGGAAGGGCUGAUGUUUCUGCGGUACCUCAUUUGCCUCACACUCGGCCAGAUCAGGACCGCCCCCUGCAGGACUGGGAUGAUACGGAUCUGUGUUUUAUUUAGCCUCAGUGUACACUGAAGGGUUUUACCAUCUGUUUUAACAAUACAUAAAUAAAGAUAUAAUAAAAAUUACUAAAAAUAAGUAUCCAACAUUAAAUAUGGUAGGCAAAUGUUCCUUUCCAAAGAUGUAGUGUAAUACAUUUCCAGAUUUUUUCUCAUGUUUAUAUAACAUUAAAUGUGUUUAAUUAAGCCAUGUGGAAAACCCAGUUGUAUUAUUUUUCUUUCUGUCCAAGGAGCUCUGAAUUGACAACUGUUAGGAGGACUAUGUCAAGCACAUCAUAUAGGAGUGAGAAAAUGAUUACUAGUACAGCAUAAUCCAUGUUAAAUCCAUGUUAAAGUGUUUUUAUGUACUUAUUCCAAUAAAUGUACCCAAAUGUGACACGGAAUAUACCAUAUUUAAAAAAAAAAUAAAUAAAAUCCAUACUCUUGUAAUGACUAGAAUAGAAUGAAUAGAAUUAUACAGUAGAGAGUAUAAACAGGUAGCACAUCACUGCUGUUGAGGAGCUGCCUUAAGACGCCAAAACAAAAAGGCAUAGAUAUCGAACUGUUAUUGUACUGGCCAGUAAGAAGGGAGAGAAUUUAAUACAGAUCAUUUGAUAGUGGGGAAAGACUGGUUUUGAAUUAUAUGUUUAGCUGAUGAUUUUUUCAUGUUUUAUAUUUUUUUAAAUUAGUUUUAAUUAAGAAAAGAUAUCGAUUUGUUUUUCUACGCAGGUUAAGACUGUAAUUUCAGUACACAACAGCCAUUUCAUUGACUAUGUUUUGUUUAUGGAGACAUUAAUAAACGUUAAAAUGCAUAACUUGGUUUUGUGGGCAGUGGUUUAGACAAUACAAUGUGACGGACCUGUCACAAAUUUAGCAGUAUGUGAUUGUCACAAUUAAUAGCACUUACAUUAUGUGUUUUAAGAUCAAUGAUAGCUUUAGACUAUUGUCGUUUUAUUGUUCCAUAGACUCAACAUUACAACAGUAAACAGACGAGAACUGUGGCACAAAGAUUUGCUAAGAAAGGUCUAUACAUUAUACGUAUUACAUAUCAUUCAUGUACUUGGAGAUUUGUCUUUCUUUGUGUUGUGGUCAAACUGUCCACAUAAUUUGUUUACAUGUUUUGUUUACAAUUCUGUGACAAUGUAAUAAAGCCUUUUUUUCUCCCUUUUUUUGAAAAAGCUAUUUUUAUAGCUAUUGUAGGCAUUAAAACUCUUGAUCUUAUGAAAAUAGUUGUUGUAACAGCUAUGACUUUGAUUUUGUUUGUGACGAAAAGGGGUUAAAUUGUCGCAAAUUGUACGUGUUGAAAUGACAAAUGAGUAGCCCAGAUAUGAAAAUAAAAUUGUCAUAGUAUCAGUAA